UCAUUUAUUUGACGAGUUGAUGCAGUGAUAACUUGGCUGAGAGUGUUUUCCAGUGGAACCGAAACUGUGCCACGUUGGAUUUAGUGGGGUUUAAUUAAUUUGUUAGUUGCUGAGUUGAUGCACGUGUAGAUGCUGAGAGGCCUUCAGGAAAUCACACAGAUAGCGACAGGUUUCAGACCAACCAACAAAACUUGACUGCCUGGACCCACCCAGCAUCCUCACCAUGCAUACGAUAUUCAAGUUGGCCCUGGCGCCACCGCUGAUGUGCAUCGGUCUCAUGAUGCUGCCCUUCGUCUUCUUCUUUUCGCCCACGAUUGUCGCCGCAGUAGGCAUUGUCUACUUCCGUCCCGACCUGGUCUUCAGACUGUACACCCGGUUCAAGAUGUGGCACAUCGGCUUCCGAUCCAAAUCCGUCACCGUCAGCAAGUACACCUUUUCAUUUGCCGUGCGAGGCAAGCCUGACCCUUCCCGCCCCUCCAUGCUAUUCCUGCACGGCUUCUCUGCAGCCCAGGAUAUGUGGUGGCCGUUUGUUCAGAAUUUACCCAGUGAUUGGCACAUCGUGGCAGUGGACAUGCCUGGCCACGGCAAGACGACACGCAAGAUGAAUGAUAGCUUCUCCCUCCCAGCCCAGGCAGCAAGGAUGCGACAGUUCACACAGGCUGUGGGUCUACGGAAGAAGCCGUUUCAUCUAGUGGGUAUAUCCAUGGGUGGCGGCGUGGCUGGGGUUUAUGCGGCUAAGUACUCGGAGGAUCUCGCUAAACUCACCAUGUUCUGCCCAGCAGGAAUCAAUUCCAAGAUCCCUAGUGAGUUUGAGCUUGCUGUCAGCGAUGGCAGGCUCAGCAAUGGCCUGUUGCCAGAGAAUGAAGAAGAGUACGUCAAGAUGGUGCCAUACUUGAUGUAUGAGGUUCCCAAAGUCCCAAGUCUGUACUGGAAAGGAAUGAGGCUACUGAGGAAAAACAACAAUGCGUUCUACAAGAAAGUCAUGAGUGAUCUGAUGGCUCCUAACUCCAAAGAUUCCCUGCGAGCCAACAUGUCAUCUAUCACUGUGCCCACUUUGGUUCUCUGGGGCCAACAUGAUAAUCUUCUUCACCCCUCUGGGGCGAGAGUUCUAAAAGAAGGCAUCCCAAACAGUCAGGUUCACGUCCUGGAGCGUUGUGGCCACUCACUGCACAUGGAGAGACCCUUUAAGACGUCCAAGCUCCUGCGCACAUUUGCCGAGGAAGAAAAUGCAAAUUAAAAAAUCACUCGUUAACAAGUGGUUGAUUUGUGGCAUACUUGCUCCUCCUAACAGUGUUGUAGUUCACCACAAGUCCAUCACAAAUCCACCAGUCUCAAGUCAAGUCACGAAAAAUAUUCAAAUGAACUGUUACAAA